UCAGCUUUCCGUGUUUUCCAGUCUGCCUCCAUCUCGUCCCACUCACUCUCACUGCUUGAGCCCGACGUUGACAGCCACCACUCGAGUCUCUCUCUUAACCGGUCAGCACACUGUCGAUUUUUUCCCCCAAGUGACCGCUGCAAAAAAAAAAAAGACUUUGUGCGACCCUACCCAUCUUAUUUCGCAAGACCACUACAGGCAUCUCUUUUGUAGAACAAAUAAGAAAACAAGUCACUGUGUUCUACUUUUUCGAAGCAUCUUUGCAAACAUGUCCGGAGAAGACGCACCUGUGCAGCAGCAGCAGCAGAAUGCAGUAGACCAGAAGCAGGACUCUAAGGCUACCGAGGAGCCCAAGGCGGAGUCGGAGCCAGCGACCGACGCGCCGUCGGCUGCAGCGGACGCAGCUCUCCCGGCGGCCACCGAACAGGUCUCCGAAGAAGAGGCGUUCACCUAUCGUGCCCUGGUGCUCACCGGCUAUGGGGGCUACGACAAAGUCAAGCUGCAAGUCAAGAAGGGCAAGCCGUCCCUCAAGGCGGCUGAGGUUCAGGUGCGAGUCAAGGCGUGCGGGCUCAACUUCGCCGACCUGAUGGCGCGUCAGGGGCUUUACGACCGGCUGCCGUCCCCGCCGGUAAGCCCGGGCAUGGAGUGCUCCGGGGUGGUGGAAGCUGUCGGGGAGGAGGUGACGGACAGAAAAGUGGGCGACAAGGUGAUGGUGCUGAAUCGCUUCGGCCUGUGGCAGGAGGUGGUGGUGGUGGCGGCCGACCACACCUUCCUCAUGCCGGAGGGGAUGAGCUUCGAGGAGGCCGCCGCCGUACCGGUCAACUACAUCACCGCUUACAUGAUGCUGUUUGACUUUGGUCACCUGCGGCCCAACCAGAGCGUCCUCGUCCACUCGGCUGCAGGCGGCGUCGGCACGGCCGCCACACAGCUGUGCAAAACAGUGAAGGACGUCACCGUGUUCGGCACGGCGUCGGCCAGCAAGCACGAGGCCAUCGCGCAGGCCGGCGUCACGCAUCCCAUCGACUACCGUACCAAGGACUAUGUGGAGGAGGUGCGCAAGAUCAGCCCCAAAGGACUGGACAUCGUAUUGGAUCCUCUUGGAGGAUCAGACACCCACAAGGCCUACAACCUGCUUAAACCAAUGGGCAAACUUAUCACCUAUGGUGCCGCUAACAUGCUGGCGGGCCAGAAGAAGAACUUGCUGGCCGUGGCCAAGAAUUGGUACCACCAGUUCUCCAUCCACACGCUCAACCUGAUCCAGAGCAACAAGUCUGUGUGCGGCUUCCACCUGGGCUACCUGGACGGCGAGACGGAGCUGAUCGGCCAGGCGCUCCACACCGUCCUGGACCUCUACAAGCAGGGCAAGGUCAAGCCCCGCAUCGACUCCACCUGGCACCUGGAGCAGGUGGGCGACGCCAUGCGAAAGAUGCAAGAGAGGAACAACAUCGGCAAGGUGGUCCUCAUCACGGAGCCCAUGCCCGAGGAGGAGAAGAAGGAGGAGAAGAAGGAGGAGGCGCCGGCGGCGGCAGACAAGAAGAAGGAGGACAAGAAGAAGGAGGACAAGAAGAAAGAUGACAAGAAGAAGGAUGAUGGCAAGAAGGAGGAGAAGAAGAAAGAGGAGACCAAGAAGGAAGAGGAGGAGAAGAAGGAAGAGGCCAAGAAGGAGGAGAAGUGAAAGUGGGUGGAGAUUGAUCCGUUUGUGGUGUGAGGAGGGUGGGGAGAUGAAACCAAUCUCAUUCCCAUCAACAUCUCUUACUCCUGCUUGGCCAUAAAAAUCGGACUGAUUUUCUUCUGCACCCACCCUCCCCCCACCAUGGCCACCAGUGGGCUAAAUUGUUGUUACCUGCCCCCCAACACCGACCCCCUUCUUACCGUCAUCAACCUCGCUCGCCCACAGCAGGCUCAAAGACGAGCAAGACGAACCGACCACACCCACCCACCCUUCCUCCAGUUAUGUCACUCAGAUGAGUCAGCGAGCUCUCUGAUUGGCUGACGCUCAAGACAGCAUCAACAAGUAUCCACUGCUAAUUUGAAAGCGCUCCACAGUUAAUAAUAGUCCCUCAUAAAGAGCCUCUCUGUGUAUAAGAUGAAUUGGGCAGUGGGAAAAAGAGGGGCGCGGGGGGGGGGUCUCUCUCUCUCUCUCUCUCUCUCUAACCCCCCCCCCCCCCCCCCCCACAACUGCUGACGACCACAGGCUGAAAGAAGCACUGUCACGCUAGGGCCUCCCUCUCGCUCCUUUUCAGAAAGUCCUGCCCGUCACUCCAACCCAAGCAAAAGGGCGGGCGGGGGUGUUCCAGUACAAGCCUCUAUCCCUCUCUUCUUCCCGUUCCUUCUCCGUGGUCGGCAUAGCAACAGGCGCCGGGCCGGGCUUGUGAUGCUACUAUCCUUCCCCACACACACACACACACACACACACCCUCCAUGCGUGCCAACAAUGUACCACCAUGCCUCGCUUCCAAUUCAAGUAUUUAAAAAAGAAUUCUACGAUAAAGCCUAGCUAGUAUUGACAAUUUUUCUAGGCGCAAGUUGUGGCUAAAUAGAGGGCACGCUGCCGCCUAGUGGUCGUUUGGCUACUUCGAGCUCACUGUCACAUUAAUAAUAAGGGCUCGUCGUAAAAAGAACAUUGCAUUUGCGCUUCAUUUAAAUCUUGAACAUACUGAAGAAGCCAUUAAAUUUGACAAAAACUUUUUUUCUGAGUUUCCCGAACUACCCUUUCUAUGCCAGUACCGGGUCGUAUUGACAGAGGACUUAAUUUGCCAUAGUUGACGUAAGUUUGACACGAUUAAACGAGUCUACGCGAUCCAAAGAAGUAUUUUACCCAUCCCUGCUUGCUUUCGGGUUCCUUUUUUUUGUUAUGGUUGUUGUGCCUUUUCCCUCCUAAAACCGGCAGUUGUAUUUUGCAGUUUUAACUCUUGCCGUCCUUCUGCCUGCCUGCCUGCCUGCCUGUCUGUCUGUCUGUGUAGGCGCCCCCUAGAUGGCAACUGGUGAAUUUGUUUAUAAAUGUAUAAAAAAAACAUGUAUUAGAAAAAAAUAUGUUGUGUUAAGCACGAGUGCUCUCCCUCAUGUGCUGUGUGCCAUUGUGUGGGUGCGCGUGCGUGCGUAUGCAUUUGUCCUCGUGUCAUCAUUUUCCAUGACCUAACCGCCGAAUCCACCGAUAUCUUUAACCCAGCCCCACCACCCUCAUUCAAGGCCCGAACCACAAGGACAAAGUGGUGUUUUGUAUGCUUUGCACUCUGUUUGCUAAUCCUAAUGCAUUUACAAGCAAGGCGCUCGCACCCCAGCCCCAUCCACUCACCAGAUUGUGUGUGGCGCCCCCCAGUGGGCUGGAGUGCGAGCAGAGUUUGGACCCGUGCAUUCUGUCCACCUCCGCUUGGGAUUAUGAUGAUUGUUUUUGUGCGCGCGUGUGUGUGUGUGCGUGUGUGUGCGCGUUUUGUUCUAAUCUGUUGGGCGACCUUUGUAAACCUGUGCAUGAUCCUUCUGUUCCAAGUGCCAUGUGUUAUGAAACCGACGCUCCCGCUAAAAACCAACCAAAAAAAAAAAAAACUCCCCAACGUAGGGAGCCUUUUUAUUAUCAAGCUGUGUCUUUUGUGUCCGAACCACGUGUGCCAAAUGACAAUGAAUAUUCCGCUUGUCAAUGCUUUGAAUAUUUACAGCGCAUAGAAAAAAAUAUAUGCACAUGCUGACGAUAAGUGUGGUUUUGGGUGGGUUUUCAUGCUCAUCUAAAUUUACAGAGCGUCUGACAAAUAUCCCAAAUAUGUGCACCGAGAGAGGGUUGUUGUUAUUAUUUUUGAUUCCCCCCCCGCGCUUUUGAUUGUCAGUUUGUCGCUCGAGCUAGCUUGUGGGCCCGCACUGUGCCUCCUCCUCCUCCUCCGUCCUUGCACACAGUUUACCUCAAUGCGUCCCUUAACUAACUUGACAGAAAGAUCCUUUUCACUGUGCCCUACCAGCUCCCGUAUGCGGUCCGCCGUGACCCCGUCCGUCCACGUGUUUACGAUCACGUCGCAGUGAAAAGGAGCUGGACGCCGUUCAUUUUGACACUUCAAUGCCAAGCAUACGUGAUAUAGAGGUUACUUUCCCGCUUUCAUAAUUGCAUCAACUUGUGUGGCGGCGAAUGAGAUGUUGAAAAAGAGAAACUAGCUAGUGUCUGGAAAGGGGACACUUCAUGUCUCAAUUGAUAAUACUGUGCUCAAAUGUCUCAGGCCACUUAAAUGCCAUUAUUCUUAUAGCCACAGUGGUCCCCAACCUUUUUUGCGCCACGGACCGGUUACGUGUCAGAAAUAUUCUCGCGGACCGGCUUUUAUAUAAAUAAAUACAUUUAUAGAAAUAAAUACAUUUAUAGAAAUAAAUACAUUUAUAGCAUAUAUAUAUAUAUAUAGAUAGAUAUAGAUAUCUAUCUAUAUCUAUAUCUAUAUAGAUAUAGAUAUCUAUAUCUAUAUCUAUAUCUAUAUCUAUAUAUAUAUAUAUAUAUAUAUAUAUAUAUAUAUAAACUAGGUGAAGUAAAAUGAUACGACUGGCAUAUAAACUAAUAGAAAGCACACACAAAUAAAACUCACCAUUACGUUGAAUUAGCGGCACUGAGCUUGUUUCUCAGAAACGAGCCGGUCCCAUCUCGGCGUAAUCGGAGACGAUGACACCCAAAGUGUGCUGUUGUUCACGAUUUUUUCUUUCCAAAGAUUUGUCUUCUAAUGCAGGAUGCUUGGUCUCCAUGUGCCGAAACAGUUUUGAAUGCUUCAUUGCCUCGUUAGCUAGCCUGUCGCCACAUAUUAUUUAGAGUGGGCUUGGCACGACAGAGUCACCAUGUCCUUUAAAAUUCAGCUUUCCUUUUCUUAGAAGUCGUAGCCUCUUCUUCUUCUGUCUCUUCAUUGAGCUUUUUCUCCUUUCCGAAGAAGCUUUCCAAACAUCUCUGUUUCUUGCUCAUUUUUGCUUGCUUCGCCGGCUCGGCUGGGGUGAUAUGUCACGUGACCGGGACGAGCGUCUUGACCUGAAUUAACCUGUGUCAAGAGGCACAGGUGCACCGGCGGAUGUAAUUGGGAGAGAAUCGCCCAAAAUUUUUAUAGUUUUCAAAUUAAGUUCUUACUCAUUGUUGCUAGCUUUGUGGGCUCGACUGGGGAAGCAUGUCACGUGACCGAGACGAGCGUCUUGACCUGAAUUAAUUGUUCGUCGAUAAAAAAAAUAGAUAUAAAAAUAUGUUUUUUUUUCUGUGCGGCUUGGCGGCCUGGUACCAAGUUAUGCACGGACUGGUACCGGUCCGCGGCCCGGUGGUUGGGGACCACUGUUAGUAGAAUACAUUAGCGCAGUGGUUUUCUAAACAGAGUACCGAGACUAAAAAAAAAAAAAAAACAUUCGCAAA